UUAAAACAGGAAUUUUAACAGUUUAAUUAAUAUAUAUGCUUUCAAACAAAGAUAAAUUUCGGCAUUCCUCAACCAAAAUGAGAAAUAUUACUAACGUGUCGGAUUCGAAAGAAUUGUUGCUUACAUCAGAACAGCACCCGCCUAAUAUUUUUCUGUAUUUGCAGCUUGUUAGCAUCAAAGCAUUGCCUCCAAAUAUUGAAAACCUCGAAAUUCAUUUAAAACAAGGCAAUAGCUUAAUAAUUAAAUGCGAUGAAGAAUACAAUACGGCUGCUUGCAUACACCAAGCGGAAUUUAAUUCUAAACCCACCUUUACCUUAAUCUUCCAGCAGGAUAAUUUGGAUAAAAUUAAUUAUGCUGCCGAUAAUCCUCUCCUCAUUAUGAUUUAUAUGCGCAAUACCAUUACUCAUUCACGUGAAUCCACCGAAGGCGAAAAAAUUGGUCAGUUUUACAACUUUAAAGAUGGCACAGGUGAAGAAAGUCUUGAAGCACCUCGACAUAUAAAGCUAGACAAUGUAACGUUAGCUAAAAAACAGGUUCAUAAAGAAGACACGGAAAUUAGCUACCACGAUGAUGAUAAAGAGCUUGUACUAUUAUGUGUCGGAUAUAUAGAUCUUAUUAAGUUGUUUGGACAUCGUCGCAGCAUGAUAAAGGAAGAAUUGUAUUUAUAUCCUAUACCAGAUGUGCCUAAUGAGCUGCGCUUUACGGUUCAUUCUGAAUGGCAUCUUUAUACUUUGUUACCAAUAGCCAAAGAACUAACAUUUACGAACAUGGCUUUCAUCACGCUCGAAUCUAUUUACAACUUAAAAGAAGAGUAUGCAAUUUCUAUACCAUCGCUGCGAGUUGAAUUAAAUUUUCGUUCUACUUUGCCUAAUGAAAAGAAUGAGUAUGUUUUAAUACCGCUAUGUAGCUUCAACAAUCUAGUCCACGAAUGCAUAGGACAGCAAAAUAUCCAUCAUAUCUUUGAAUACUUUCGACGGUGUAUACAGCCUUGUAAUGCAACGGGUUUAAAAUCCACUAUGGAAGUGGAAUUGCAUAAACUCUUCGCCCAAUUAAUGUUCUCAGAGGGAUUAAAUGUUGAUCUUGAUUUUAUCGAUACUAGCUUUGAGGAGGCAGCUAUUUGCAACUCUUUUCAUCGAUACAUUUUAACCCAAAAAAUGUCUAAGAUAAUAUUUAAUUCAAUAGCAUUUCGAAAUUAUGUUCUAGCUGUAGAUGUUUGGCAAACAAAUAUCGAGACCUCAAAACGGCAUAAAGUCUUCGAAGGAGUGUUGGACCCAGCAAUACUUUUGUACCCAGGAGUCCAAACAAUGCGGUUUGCCGUUGAACUAGAGUAUGUGGGAAAACGGAACUACAAGUCGAAUCGCCAAACAAUUGUGAGCAUAUUGAGUCAACGUAGUGGGCGAAUUGAUAGAAUGCCUCUUUUACCAACAUUUGCCAUAAUUAAGAUUUGCCUUUUAGCUCCAUUAACGGAGGUCUAUAAUGAGCUUAAAGUUUUUCGUGAAAGUUUUAUCAGCCAGAAUCGUUUACUUUUUUGUGAUAGUCCCUUUAAGGAGCCAAAAACAAUGGAUUUAGUUGAUAUACAAAGCGAAGCUUAUGCGCGAUUUGACAAAUUUAUGAGCGAUUGUGUUCGAUACAUUAUCGAAAAGAAUGUUCAUUCGAUUGAGGACAAGAAACAACACUUCUGUUGUGCUCUUCAAAACCUUACAAACAUACUUCUAAAAUUAGUGGGAUGCGACUUUAAUACACGUAUUCCCACCAAGUCAAAUACAGAAUUUACGAACUUAUGUUCAAUAGCUUUUAACGUGCUAGAGUUACGAGUGCACAAUAUUGUAGAGUCUCUUGAGGAUGAAGGCUUUGAAUAUUUGGUUGUCAGUUCAUCAACUCAUACUGAACGAUUAAUUGAUCAUAUGAAUGCUAUUAAGUUGUUGCGAGCAGUUGGAGAUGAUUACAUGGCCCAAUACUUACACGACAAGACAACGUGCUGCAUCAUGAAAUGA